AUGGCGGCAGCUCGGGCCAUGCUGGAUAAGGUUCACCGAGACUUGCAUAUGUCUGAAGGCGAUAGCAAUACUUAUACACUAGGAAGAAUUGCUCAGCACAAUGUUGUUAUUGCUUGCCUGCCAGCAGAACAGUAUGGAACAAACAAUGCGGCCAGUAUUAUGACGAACAUGAAGCGAACGUUUCCACGAAUCCGCGCUGGAUUGAUUGUUGGGAUUGGCGGUGGCGUUCCAGGCAAGGCUGAUGUGCGUCUGGGUGAUAUUGUUGUCGGAACAAGGGUGAUGCAAUAUGAUCUUGGGAAAAUGGUGGGAGAUGGGCAGCUCCACCGGACAGCAUUUCCAAGGAUCCCCCACCAGCUGCUUGGAACAGCUGUGUCCAGCCUCCGGGCAAAGCACGAGCUAGAACCGAGUCGAGUUUCAUCCAUUUUACGGCAGAAACUCGGGGCAAACUUUGAAUACAAUCGUCCAAGCUUACCAGAUCUUCUAUACGAAGCGACCUACAACCAUGCGUCGCCAGCAGCUGGCUGUGAUGCAUGUGACCAUUCAAAGCUUGUACCGCGGAGGAAACGGGCCACGGACGAUGUGGUAAUUCACUAUGGCGCCAUUGCUUCAGGGAACCAAGUCAUGAAAACUGCUAUUAUCCGGGAUAGGAUUGCUCAGCAACUGGACGUCAUAUGCUUUGAAAUGGAGGCUGCUGGUUUGAUGGAUAUUCUCCCUUGUCUUCCAAUUCGUGGCAUUUGCGACUACGCGGAUUCUCACAAGAGUGAUGGAUGGCAGAGAUAUGCCGCUGCUGUAGCUGCAGCAUACGCAAGAGAAUUACUUGAGGAGCUACCUGUGGCAACAUCUGCGAGAAGUGACUACACGCCUGAUGACGGUCGAUGCUCAACACAUGGAAUGCAACAUGAACGCCGACGGCGCUUGCUUGACUCUCUCAAAUUCGACCAGAUCGAUUCUCGUAAAUCUACUAUUAAGACUGAGCACGCUAAAACAUGCCGAUGGUUCCUUAGCCAUCCUGACUAUCAAGCAUGGCUCGAUCCUGAACAAUUGGAGCAAAAUCAUGGCUUUUUAUGGAUAAGUGGCAAGCCUGGUGCUGGCAAGUCAACAAUCAUGAAAUUUGCAUACUUGAACAUGAAAAAGAAAGCCCGCCGCAUGCAUGCCGUUACUGCCUCCUUUUUUUUUUUCAACGCUCGAGGAGAACUCUUGGAAAAAUCGAUCCUGGGAAUGUACCGAUCAUUGCUACUCCAACUGCUAGAAGGGUAUCCUGAUCUCCAGGCAGUGUUGGAUGAUGUCGACCUAGUUCCUCCAAAUCAGAAUGACUGCCCUUCUUUGAAUUCUCUAAAAGGCCUCUUUUGCAACGCAAUCACUGCCCUUGGUCAGCGCCCAUUUACAUGCUUUGUUGAUGCUCUUGAUGAGUGUGAUGAGCAACAGGUUGCGGAUAUGGUACUUUACUUUGAAGAUUUAGCGGAGAAAUCUACAGCGAAUGGAGUGCCCCUAAGGAUCUGCUUUUCCAGUCGACAUUAUCCAUAUAUCGCUAUUCGACGGGGGAUUCGGCAUACACUAGAAGAUCAGCCGGGCCAUGCUAAAGAUAUGGAAACCUACGUCAGUAGCCGCCUGCAAAUUGGGGAGCCAGCGCUUAGAGAGGAACUGCAACCCCAACUUCUCUCGAAAGCUGCUGGCGUCUUCAUGUGGGUUGUCUUGGUUGUUGAUAUUCUCAACAGAGAAUACCGAAGGGGAGGACUGGCUCUGAGGAAACGACUCGCAGAAAUACCAGGUGAUUUAAGCGAAUUGUUCAGAGACAUCCUGAGACGUGAUAAUGAGAAUAUGGAAGAUCUUCUGCUUUGCAUUCUCUGGAUUCUAUACGCAAACCGACCCUUGCAACCAAAGGAGUUCUACCAUGCCCUGUGGUCUGGCUUGACUUUGAAGGCCGUCGUGGCUGUCAGCAGGCAAUUGGCAAAGACCGAACCUGACGGGCAAAUGGAAAUACCAAGAAAGUACCCGUUUCUGGAGUAUGCUACUCAGCAUGUUCUUGACCAUGCUAAUACUGCGGCAAAAUCAGUACCUCAAGACAAGUUCCUCUCUGCCUUUCCUGUUUCUGAUUGGGUUAAAGCUAGCAACCUUUUUGAAAAAAAAAAGGUUCGCAGGUAUAGCCCAGACAUAAACUUGUUUUACCUCCUCGCAGAAAAAGGACUUUCAGAGUUGAUCUACACAAGGCUGAAAGAUGAUCAAACUGUUCAUGUGUUUGGGGGAAGAUACAAGUACCCUUUAUUUGCUGCUUUAGCCAAUUGUAAAAGGGAUGCUGCCGCUGCUCUCCUAAUGACGCGUUCAAGAUUUUGCGACGGAGUUGACAUUACAGAGGGUCUAAACCGCCGGAAAGACUUGAAACAUUAUGAGACUCGGACACCGCUAUCUUGGGCUGCGCAGGAAGGUCGAGCUAUCAUUGUGAAGUUACUUCUUCAAACGGGUAGCAGCCUAAAUGCGGUGGACCUGGGCGGUCAAACACCACUUUUACGGGCUUCAAAGAAUGGUCAUGAGACUGUGGCAAAACUACUAAUCGACCAUGGAGCUGAUCUUAAUGCUACUAGCAAAGAAGGAAGGACACCACUGAUCCAGGCUUCAGAGAAUGGUCAUGAGGCUGUGGCAAGACUCCUGAUUGACCAUGGAGCUGAUGUUAAUGCCAGUGAGAGAGAUGGAUGGACACCACUGAUUCACGCAUCACAUAAAGGCCAUGAGGCCGUGGCAAGGCUCCUGAUUGACUAUGGAGCUGAUCUCAAUUCCAAGGAUAGAUAUGGAUGGACACCACUUAUCCAGGCCUCACAGAAUGGCCAUGAGGUUGUGGUAAGGCUCCUGAUUGACCAUGGAGCUGAUGUCAAUGCCAGUAAUAGAGAUGGAUGGACACCACUCCUUCGGGCCACAGAGCAUUGCCAUGAGGCUGUGGUAAGGCUCCUGAUUGACCAUGGAGCUGAUGUGAAUGCCAGUAGUAUAGAUGGAUUUACACCACUCCUUCGGGCCACAGAGCUUUGCCAUGAGGCUGUGGUAAGGCUCCUGAUUGACCAUGGAGCUGAUGUUAAUGCCAGUGAGAGAGAUGGAUGGACACCACUCAUUCACGCAUCACAUAAUGGCCAUGAGGCCGUGGCAAGGCUCCUGAUUGACCAUGGAGCUGAUGUUAAUGCUACUGGUGAAGAUGGACGGACACCACUUAUUUGCGCAUUAAAGAAUCGCCAUGAGGCUGUGGUAAGGCUCCUGAUUGACUGUGGAGCUGAUGUCGAAGCCAAGGGUGGAUAUGGAUGGACACCACUUAUUCACGCAUUACAGAAUAACCAUGAGGCUGUGGAAGAGCUGCUGAUUGACCAUGGAGCUGAUAUUGAUGCCAGUGAUGAAUAUGAACGGACACUGCUUGUUCCUGCAUUACAGAAUGGCCAUGAGGCUGUGGCAAGGCUCCUGGUUGACAAGCAAAGCAGAUAUCAAAUGCUCUAGGGGUUAAUCCUUGCAUUUUCUUCAGGUCUGUAUAUUAUAACAUAACAUGUUGUGACGCACCUAGUUUUGAAAGCUAGUGUCUGGCUGUGAAGCUUAAAAACAAUAAAAAAUGGUUUCCAAUG